AUGCGCAUUCCCUCUCUGUCACUCCCUUUGGCACUGGGCCUCGUGGGCACUGUCGCCGCCUACCCUCAUCCUGAACAAGCCUCAAUUUUGCGUCGUGAAUCCGACAAUAAAGUCAAGGCCGAUGCUGUCAAGGAAGCCUUCCAACAUGCCUGGGAUGGUUAUGUCAAAUAUGCUUUCCCGCACGACGAGCUGCACCCAGUGAGCAAUGGUUAUGGUGACUCCAGAAAUGGAUGGGGUGCUUCGGCUGUCGACGCGCUCUCCACUGCCAUUGUCAUGGGCAAUCAGGAUGCUGUGAGCAAGAUUUUGGAUCAUAUCACCACCAUCGACUUUUCAAAGACCAACGAUGAGGUCAGCCUUUUCGAGACAACCAUCCGGUAUUUGGGUGGUAUGUUGUCUGGCUAUGAUUUGCUCAAAGGCCCUGCAUCAAAUCUCGCUUCUUCAUCUGACCAUGUGGAUGCCUUGCUUUUCCAGUCCAAGAAGCUAGGCGAUGUUCUCAAGUACGCUUUCAACACCCCAUCUGGUGUUCCAUACAACAAUCUCAACAUUUCUACCAAAAGCAACGACGGCUCAAGCACCAAUGGUCUUGCAGUGACAGGAACUUUGGUUCUGGAGUGGACGCGCUUGUCCGAUCUGACAGGCGACGAUGAAUAUGCCAAACUGAGCCAAAAAGCCCAGUCAUAUCUGAUCAACCCUCAGCCAUCGAGUGGAGAGCCAUUCCCCGGUCUAGUGGGAAGUAGCAUCAACAUUUCCAACGGCCAUUUCACCGACGGUGCUGUCUCCUGGAAUGGCGGUGAUGACUCGUUCUACGAGUACCUAAUGAAGAUGUACGUAUAUGACCCCAAGCGGUUCGAGUCCUACAAGGACCGAUGGGUCUUGGCAGCCGAGUCGACCAUCAAGCACCUUACAUCGCACCCUAAGAACCGCCCAGAAUUGACCUGGUUGGCUUCCUACUACAACGGUCAAUACGAUCUUAGCUCGCAGCACUUGACCUGCUUCGAUGGCGGCAGCUUCAUCCUGGGUGGCACCGUUUUGGACCGUCAAGACUUCAUCGACUUUGGUUUGGAGCUCGUGAACGGUUGUGAGGCAACCUAUAACCAGACCAUGACUGGAAUUGGACCGGAGUCAUGGGGCUGGGACCCGAAGAAGGUACCAAACGACCAGAAAGACUUUUACGAGAAGGCCGGUUUCUACAUCAGCAAUGGAUCAUAUGAUUUGCGUCCCGAAGCCAUCGAGAGCUUCUACUACGCGUACCGUAUCACUGGAAAUGAGAUCUACCGCGACUGGGUUUGGAACGGGUUCAAGGCAAUCAACGCCACAUGUCGUACCGAUUCCGGCUUUGCUGCCGUGAGCAACAUUAACACCUCGGGUGGUGGUUCUAAAUACGAUAACCAAGAGAGUUUCCUUUACGCUGAGGUCAUGAAAUACGCGUACCUCGUGCAUGCAGAAGAUUCUCCCUGGCAAGUUCAGAAGGGCAACAAGAACACCUUUGUGUUCAACACCGAGGCCCAUCCUAUCAGUGUCGCACACACCUAG